AUGCAAAAACCAAGAAGGUUACAUCCUCACAAAUCCUCUUCCUCUCACCAUCCCCAACCACCUCCGACGACGACGACUUUCAAUCACUCUUCAACAACAACUCAGGAUGGAAGCACAAAUAUGAUAAAUCACACAACUACAAAUAAUAAUGGCGUUGGAAUCUAUAAUAAUGUUUCUACGACAGGAGCAACCUCUCCAUCAACAACAAGUACUUUCAAUCAGACUCAACAGAUACCAACAAUUUCAACUCCCGCAAAUAUUCCGAGUGGUGGUAGUGGUCAUCAUCAUGGAGGCAUGUCAUCAUCCUCAUCAGGUUCCUCCUCCUCUACGUAUAGAAAAUAUAUUUUACUCGUUCACGAAAAAGAUUUCAGUGAACAAGAAAUUAUUAUAAACGGAAAAGCCUUGAAUUGGCUUCAAAUAGGAGACAUUCUGGAAAUUACACAACCGAAAGCUCCCCCAAAUUCAAUUCCCAUUCAUGAACAGCCUGUUAUGGCAUCAUCUCCUAUUUCUUCCUCUCAGUUAAUUGUAACAGGAGGAACAUCCACACCCAUCGACAUUUCAAGCACAACAAAUCAAAACACGUUGGACAAUAAUUUUUCUUCGUCUCCCUUUUCUUCAUCGUUCCGAGAGAAAAAUUUAUCAAUCAGAGCUCCAACACCUCCAACAAUGGGAAGUACUGGAGCAAUGAAACAACAAGCACCUUCGGUUGGAAAUGUCACCAUUAGUAAUAAUAUCAAUCAAAAUACCAAUUCUACUACGAACUCAAAUUCAACAACAAACAAGGCAUUCAUUGUAAAAAUUUCCUCCCUCGAAACAAUGAAGGGAAUCCAAUAUUUGAGUAUUUUAAAAAGCAUUGCGGAUAUUUUCGAAUUUCAACCAAGAAGAGAAGUGUAUUUGCGAGUAAUUCCAAAAGAGAACGCCAUGUUGGAUUAUGUAGUAUUUUCAUUGAGAGAUCACUUUCUCUCUAGGUCUGAUAUGUGGCGAUUUGGCCUCUAUCUGAAUGACACAAGCGUGUACGAAUCAAAAAUGUUGACAUGGCAUGGUGGAAUUCGUGUACAAGUCAAGGAAUUGAUGAAAGAAAGUGUUGGAAAAGUAUCAGCCGGACUUAUCGUUUAUGGCCACACAAAAAUUACAUACCGUUCUAAAUCUGCUGUUAUUUAUUGGCUAUUUCAAAUGAGUAGGGAAAUGUGGGAAUAUGAUGAAUAUGGAAAUUUAAAUUUUGAAAGAGUAAUUAAUGGAUUUAUUAAGACUGUAUUUGAUAGAUGGAGAGAGAUUGGUGUCAACCAUUCGCUCUCAAUUGUUCUCUUUUCUAGGCAUUACUUGACGGAAGAUGACCAAAAUAAUUCCUUCUCAGAGAAUAGAGAGGAAGAUAUGGCAUCUCUUGGUAAUAAGACAAGCAUUUUUCAUUCUAUACUAGGCUCAAAAGAUGGAAGAAGAUAUGUUGACUUUUAUAAGGUAGUAGACUGGAGUGAAACUCAACGAACAAGGUCCCAAUUUAUUCGAGUAAGGUUAAAAACAGAAUUUUUAAAAUUCCAAUCAUACAUUCAGAGCGUAUGUGAGAGAGAGAAAGUAUCACUCACCAACUCGUCGGCACCAGAUGGAAAUUUCAUGGAAGCAAUCAAUCUAGUCCUUAACAGUUUUGACAAGUAUUACCUAAAUCGUGACUUGUCACGUACAGGUCAAGUUAUUCUAUUGGUAUCACCUGGUUGUGGAAUGUUUAAUGUACAAAUACCAUUACUUGGAAAGAUCACAACAAAGAGAUUGAUGGAUGUAGGUCUUUCGGUUGACCUCAUUGCAUUAUCUGUGCCUCCUCUGCAUUCCGUUCCAAUUUUCAAGUACAAGAAGAAAGAAAUUGGCUUUUCUCACAAUGCUGAGUCUCCCUCAAUGAAAGAAUAUACUUACUAUCGAUCACCAGAUUGGAUCAACAUUACAUUCUAUCGAGACAACUACUUCAAAAAUGAUAUUAAUCAAGACUAUGACGAUUGUGAAUGCUCGGAUGGUGCCACUAAUUUAUUCCUUCCUGUUUCCAAAAUGCCCAACCUGGACAACCUCCCGACAAAUUUGCCUCUUUUUGAAAAGUACUGGCUAAACAUUCAAGCUUUCAACAUGAACAACUCCUCAUCUAAUUCUCACAACAGUCUGACCGAACUUUUUCGUCAACAUGAUGACCAUGUGUUCAAAAUUUUCCAAAUCAACAGACUCACGCAAUCCACAAGUAACACCUCCACCUUGUCACAUUCUUCAUCAAUGCCUCAUCCUAAAAAGACCUUGAGCUCUCUCAGUAAUGAUUCUGUUAUUCAUAACACACCAACAAAAAAGAGGGACAUGGAAAGUGGACCUAAUGCAAUCAUUAGUCCAAAGUCAUCUCAUGGUCAUCACAUGGUUGUAGUAGACCCUCAUCUCGAAGAGUUGAGACAUAUCGACAGCCAACACCACAAUUUUCCAAGCAGUUCAGGCAGUACAGGAGCUACUCACGAAUCAUUCAUGGACCAAGGUCUAAACUCAAAUUCCAGCACUCCAAGCAACGCCACUUCACAUCCUCCAGCUCAUCAUUCUUCUCAACACCAAUCGGUAGGAAAUCAUCAUCACCACCACCAACAAGGCAACAAUUCUUUUUCUGGCUCUGCGAGUACUGCUACCAAUAUUAACAACAACUCCAACGCUCAACACAGCUCAACUACUCUUUUGAGACGACACUCACCUCAUUCUGGAGCAAAAGAAUUCAUGGCUGAAUUUGCAGAAAGACAUAAGGCCAAAGAACUCUUCUACAUGAAACUCUACAACCCAUUUCAUUUGGACUCUGAAAGCCUAUCAAGUCCAAGUGCUCUUCAAAGUAAUAACCAACAAAACACGUUCCACAGAAGAAGAUGGGGCCAUCUCCAUCCUAGUUCGGGUUUGAGGCCGACUCAAAAAGCCGAAUACAUCAAACACUUUCUCCUUAAUGUGAAUUGGCAAAGUAUGACAGAACCUGCAUGUCUGCCCCUCACUACAGAUUAUUGGCCAGAGAGUGCACUUAAAAUUCUCAAUGAUUUUGACUUGCAUACCCACAGUAUUACGGAUACAAAUGAUAUUUAUCAAAACAAUAUUGCAACACUUGUGAGAGAGCUGGUUUGUCAGAGAUUACAUCAAGGUUUCCAAUUGUUCAAUGAUGAUGUGCCCAAGGAUCCUCUUACAAACGAACCACUUAUUUUGGAAAAUGCAUCGAACACCAAUUCCGAUCACAGCAAUGUCACCAAUAAUAAGGAUACGGCAGACUCGGACACACUUUCGACGAGUAGUUCUGUCUCCAACACCGAGUCAAGCAAUGGAGUUAAAAAAGGAGGUCGAGCUGUUAGAGGAGCCCUACGAGGAAGAGGAAGCAUGAGAGGUCGCAGAAAUGCUACACAUGCAUCGUCUUCCCAUUCCAUAUUUUCAAACUCAGACUCAAUAACUCAUUCUGCCAAUGACAGUAUGUUGUCCAAAUUACAAAAGUCGAGACCUCAAAAGAUGGAAUACUGUCUUUCAUCUGCAAAUCAAUUCCAUAGAAUCACGUACAACCCCAACAUCUCGAACAUGAUCACUAUUGAGAGAUAUGUUCCAAAAGCCUCCAACAAGCCACUGGCUGAAAAGAGCCUUUCAAACUCAAGCAAUAACAUUUCCAGUUUGGCUUCCUCUCAAAGUGUUCCCAAUAACAGCGCCGAUCCAUUUAACAAUGCAAGAUCUAGCUACACUUACCGAUACAUGUUAUGGAAUCCAACUCUUGACAGUUAUGAAUCUCGAGUGACUCGUUUUAAUUCUUCAGUUGAUUAUAACUGGAACAAAUUAGAUUACCUCAUUUGCGGAGAUCACAAUCAAAUGACAGACGAACUUCAUAACAGAUCACUACAAUUUCAUCUCGUUCCAAUCAUGAACUCAAACAAACAUUUAUUCUCGUCCACGACACAGCUCUUUGGAGCCUUUAACAACAAUUCCAGCUUCUCGAGUACGCAUUCUCCUUCUGCAAAUCUAUCAGGUACGACUUCAUCUUCGAAUGGUGACCUUUUUUCACAAGCUCUGUCAAAUUCCAACGAGUACGCUGAAAGGAUUAAGAGUUUUAGAAAAUUCAAAGACUCCAUUAUCAAUAGAAAUUUCAGAGCAAUGGAUGGUGACGGCAUUGAUGUCAUGAUUAUCGGAGAAGAGUCAUCUUCCAAAGACACCUCCCCUCAAACCAACUCCAAUAGUGCUCAGCAAUUUCUGCCUCAACAAACGGCCUCUCACUCCAUUCCCGUCUCUUCUGUUAAAACAUCAAAAUUCCAAUAUGUUCCUCAAGAGGGUGGUAUUGAUGACAAUAGUCGUGUUGAGUGGAUCAAUAUUGUUUAUAAGGGAACAUAUCAUCCGGCAGAGUUUUGGGCCUUCAAAGUACAAUGGCUGGUAUGUACUGCAGCCUUAAUCGAUGAGUUUUUGCAAUCACUCGCGAGGAGAGCUCGCCAGUGUGGUUUUGCCAUGAUUCAAACACCUGCUGAAAUUGAUAAUUAUACCAAUUAUGUUCAUGCGUCAAAGCAGGCUGCUGAGAGACUUGUGCAUGGAAAUUACAACUCCAAGCAAGAGGUCAAACAAGACUCCAAACAAGGUUUUGAUCCUUUGGAAAAUAUUCAUCCAUUCAGGAGUUAUGUCAGAAUUCCUAUUUCAUCUUUCGAAGUCAUGUACACAAUUAGAAAUGCAGUGUGUGAACAUCCUUUCAAUUUCAUCCCUGAUUCCUUCCAGAGAAAACUCUCGAAAAGAUUUAUUCACAACAGUGGGUGUAUUAUUUUGCAUAUUGAUGUUGUGAAGGGUACAGACACAGCAUUGAUCACUUGGAUCGACAACCCUUUUCAAACUUUUGACUUGUCAAUUGCUCCUCUCGUCAAACAGAAUGAAAUUUUGAAUCUACUUCGUAAAUUGGUGUUUUCAGAAUCAGCAAAUAAUGCAAUUAAGGUUUCUCCAGCCACCAUUUAUUCACCGCAUGAGAUGUGA